AUGUCCGACACCGAGCGCCUCCAAUUGAGAUUGCCUUCCGCCGCGCCGCCGACCUCUCCGCAGCUCCCCUCCGCAGUCCGCUGGGGUCCUAGGUAUUGGCUUUCAGUGGAUCCUCUGUCUAGGAUGACACUUAUAUGGGAAUGUGAGCCGAAUGCAUAUUGCAUUACUGAGCAUCAUCAAGGCCAAACUGUUGAUCACUACUAUCUUCUACGUUGUCCUGUUGCUUCCCCAUGUAGAUGUAGUCCAAGGAAUUGGGAGCAUGUAUCCCAAAUAUUGCCAGGAGAAAAUUAUGAUUUCUAUUCCUUAACUGUGUACUUGAUAAUAAUAUCACUUGUGAGUUCUUCUAUGAGCAAUACUCAGAAGUUGUCUGCACCUAGAAAUUUCUCGAACGGUAAUGCUAGAGACGAUAGCUCGUGUAAGGACCUGCCUGAGUAUUAUGCUUGUGGAGGUGUUCGAGGUAUGUUAUGGCAUAAUGAUGGAAGGAGAACAAUGAAGCUCAAUUAUGUCAAGGUGCUGGAUGAUUGUUGGUUGCUUCAGCUAUUAACUAUUGUCCGGAUUUAUUUCGGGUUGCCAUUCUUAAGGCUUAGGGUCUGGGAAUCAGCAAAAUGGGUCACACGAGUUGAGGAAUAUUCUAUUUACAACCGUAAUCACCUAGUGGUACUUAAUUUAACAACUGAUUUUGUUGAGGGAAAACAGAUAUUUGCAAAACAAGGAAUCAGCACUCGAAAGAGUUUUUCCAUUCAAGACAAUGGAUUCCUAAUGACAAUCAGAGAAAUGGCCAUCGAAAUGGCUAUAGGAAAAGUUAAGGUUGGGUCAUGA